UACUGUAUUGUCUUGGCUGUCUUGGUAACUUGUGUCUCGGAGCAUGGAUGACAUGGAGGAAUGGCCAGAAAUAGAGAAAGCAGCGGCAGGAAAAAGGCGUGAACUGGUGUUACAAGGUUCAACUGUCGACGAGAGGAUUUCCUCUAACGGGGGGCUCACCUCGACCAUCUACUCUCUCACUCUGCUGAAUUAUCUGGAGGUUAGCCAGUGUCCGAGUUUGACAGAGAUCCACGAGGACAUCCAGCAUCUGACCAACCUCCAGAGCCUCAUCCUGUGCCGGAACAAGCUAGCCUCCGUCCCGAAUGUCGUCGGCAGCCUUAAGUCCCUGAAGGUCCUGGACCUUUCAGUCAACAACCUUAGGGUCCUACCAGAGGAAAUCACUCAGCUGAAGGAGCUCAACACUCUCAAUGUGAGCUGCAACAGCCUGGAGGUCCUGCCGGAGGGACUGAGCCGUUGCACCAAGCUGUCCAACAUCAACAUCUCCAAGAAUCACAUCACCGGCUUCCCCGCUGACUUCUACUCCGAGAAACUGGAUCUGCUCAGCACGCUGGUCGCCUCGGACAACUCCAUCGACCAGCUGAGUGGAGACAUUCACAAGCUAGCUGCUUUAAAGGUGCUCGAUCUUUCCAACAACAAGCUGAGCGAGAUCCCCUCCGAUCUGAGCGACUGCCCCAAGCUUAAGGAGAUCAACUUCAAAGGCAACAAGCUGAAUGACAAACGACUGGAGAAGAUGGUCAACGGCUGCCAGACCAAGUCCAUCCUCGACUACCUCAGAGGAAAAGGGAAAAGGGAGGAGGGGGGUGAGGCGGACGGGGGUCGCAACGCAGACAAGGGGAAAAGGCAGCAGCAGAGGAAGAAGAAGAAGGUGGCAGAGGAAAAGGAUGAGAUGGAGGAGCUGAACAAGAUGGUGGUGAGGGUUCUCCAUGUGUCGGACGCCGCCACAGCACUCACGGUCACAGUGAGCGCGGAGGUGAAGGAUGUGCGACCGUACUUGGUGUGCUGUGUGGUCAGAGGCAUGAACCUGAAGCCUGGGAAUGCGCUCAAACGGUUCCUGGUGGCUCAGACAAAGCUUCACGAUGACUUGUGCGGUAAGAGGACCAUCGCAACCAUUGCCAGUCAUGAUGUACAGCUUCUCAAAUCUCCCCUGAUUUAUGAUGUCAAAAUACCUACGCAGCUGAAGAUUGCGUCCCUGGGUCGGAAGGAGAUGACGGCUGUCGAGCUGAUAAGACACCUUCAGCUGGAGGCUGACGAGCUGAGGAAGCAGAAGAAGAGGCAGAACGUCACUGGCCUCCACAAAUACCUGCAGAUUCUUCAAGGAAAAACACACUACCCCUGCCUUGUGGAUGCAGAGGGACAUGUGAUUUCAUUCCCACCUAUUACCAACAGUGAGAAAACCAAGAUCAAGAAGACGACCAAAGAGUUGUUCCUGGAGGUGACGAGUGCAACCAGUCUGCAGACGUGUAAAGACAUCAUGGACGCUCUGAUUGUAAAAAUGGCAGAGUUGAACAAGUUCACGGCCGAGCACCAGGAUGAGGCGGGGUCGGAUGGGGAAGGGGGCGGCCCACCGGACCUGGCAGCCAGCAAUGAGACCUCCAGCGAGCUGAUCGUCCAGCAGGUCCGAACAGUCGACCAGGAGGGGAACCUCAAGGUGGUUUACCCGUCGAAGACCGACCUCUCCACAGACAUCAGCAACUUGACCGUUAUUUGGUAGUCAGGCUGCUGAUGACCACUGAUGUUUACACUCACUCAAAUGCUAAAUGAAGUCACUGAAACAGAUUAUAAUUGUAGGACUUUAAGGCUAGUUCUGACAGCAUGAAACAAAAGUACAUCCCUUUACUUCAGGGAGCGCAGGAAAUCUGAUCCUAAUAGGAUUUUUCUGUGACUAAAACAACAUCCAACAUUUGAUUUUUAGUUAAAAAUAAGUGAUGCCUGAUGAUGAAUGUUAACAUUUGAUUCAUGUGCAGCUUUUUGAACCACAUGUUGCUUUAACUCAUCUUACCGCUUCCUCAAAGGAUGUUCAACAUGACUAAGUGUAUGUUCAUAUAUCCUUAUUUUUGUAUUAAUUACAAACUGAAAACCACUUGUCUGUUGGUAAAAUUUAUUUUAUUCAACUAACAUUGACUUUCACUCUGGACUCUUAUUAUCUGUCCUACAAGAAGAUUUGUAUGGCUGUUUAUCAAUUUAUCAAGUAUUGGCAUUUCCCUUUAAGCAGCAGCAAGUAAUGUAUGAAUUACACAUUAAAUAUCCUCCUGUUUCA